AUGCCCCACGUCAGAUCCGAGAUUAGCAACCGCCUCACUAGUGGCAGAAGUGAACUGGAAGCGAUGGGUGCGCCUAGAGGUGACGCUUCUUCUCAGGGUCUGUACCUUGUGAAGCUCGCAUCCCGAUUCCAAGCGUUCACUCGGUGCGCGCUGGAUGGAUACUAUGUCGGCGAACCACUCUUCCAGACCAAACCCAGCUUGAAGCUGAUCACAGCGUUAGUCAAGCUCAACGAGAGGUUCUCUGACGACUUCUGGAGGAAAGGCCACAGGCAAUAUUUUGAGAGCGCAUGGGACGACGAAGGCGAGACAAUAUUGAGCAGCAGCAGCAACAAUGCGUCGGCCCAGAGUCCCACCACGUUGAAGGAGUAA